AUGGUUGAGACAGAUUCGGUGAGCUUUAAGACGUUAAUCAAGGCAUUCCAGUUUAGCAGGGUUCUAAACUCGAAUCCACAGACGAAAUCGAUCUCAUUGUUGGGAACUAUUCAGGGGAAGGAUGCGAUUGUGACGCUUGAGAAGACGCAUUUCCAGUUUGACGAGGUGGUGGACAAUCCGAACUCGUCUACUUUGUCGUUGCACCAAUGUGAGUCUGAAUAUUCGUGCAUGAACUCUAUUGAGACGUUGAAGCCGAUUGCGAACAACGACAUUUACUUUUGGGGGAUGUCAGUGAUGAAGCAGGACUUGGAGUUGAAUCCCACGGCCAAGAUCAAUUUGAUCUGGCCAGCGACGCGGGUUCACAUUGAGAAGUACGACAAGCAGGUGUUCCACAUUGUGCGGGAAACGCCUGAGGUGUACAAGCGGAUUGUUCAGCCAUACAUCGAUCAGAUGAUCGACAACGGGAGACUCCAGUGGGUGCACAACAUACUGUAUAAUGGUGCGGAGAGUGACAGGGUUGUUUUCAAGUAUUUCGACGACGAGAAGCCCAACGACGGGUUCGUAGUGUUGCCCGAUAUGAAAUGGGAUGGGGUUAAUAUGGACGCAUUGUACUUGGUGGCCAUUGUGAAUAGAGACGAUAUCCGCUCGAUGAGGGACUUGAAGCCCGAGCACCAGUCGUGGUUGAUCGAGUUGAAGAAUAAAAUCAGAACCGUGGUCCCCAGCUGUUUCAACUAUUUGGUGGGGGCCGAUCAGCUCCGGCUCUUCAUCCACUACCAACCUUCCUAUUACCAUUUCCACGUACACAUUGUAAAUAUUAAGCACCCUGGCUUGGGUGAUGGUAUUGCUGCUGGGAAGGCGCAUUUGAUCGAGGAUGUCAUCGAAGACUUGAACUACUUGGGACCCGAUGGGUUCAUGAGGAAAACUAUGACGUAUGUCAUUGGGGAAAACCACGACCUCUGGAAGAGCGGACUAGAAGAGGUGCUGCAAAAACAAAUGCAAGAGGAUGGUAUACCUGAGCCCCCUAAAAUCACCAACGAUUUCGAGCAAGAACAGUAG